AUGGCUCGCGUCGCGGCCGCCGGCGCCGUUCCCGCGCCCAUGACGGCGGGGGACCAGGCCGUCGCGCGUCGCGGGAUGCUCAACACGUGGAUCGCGGCGACGACCGGCCACCGCCUGGAUACGAGCGGAGACAAGGCGAGUGCGUUUUGCGAGGGCCUGUGGGACGGCGUCGUGCUCUGCCGCCUGCUCAACGCCCUCGCGCCCGGUACCCCGGUCGACGCCAUGCGCGCGGACGACCCGAGCCUCCUCGACGAGCCCGAGCCCGAUCGAGUCCUCCGCGCGCGCAACCACGCGGCUUUCGUGCGAGGCGCGAAGGACCUCGGCCUCGACGACGACGACAUGUUCGCACUGGACGACCUCGGGGGCUUGCGGGGAGAUCCCGGAAGGGUCCUGCGAUGCCUCACCGCGCUCAAGUGGCGCACGGACGCGUCGCUCUGUGAAAAUCCCGCGCGCAAGGAAAACGCACCUGCCGCCGGCAACCCCUUCGGCCCCGGCAAGACACUCGCGCCCACCCUCGGGGGCAACCCCUUCGCGAACGAGCCCGCCGCCGCCGCCGCCGCCCCUCGUCCGCCCCUCGCGUCCCUCGGCAACGUCGAGAGGCUCAGGCGCGGCGGCGACGUCCCGUCGCCGCGAGACGGCACGGCGACGGGCCGCAAACCGCCGGCUCCCACCGCCCCGACGGCACCCUCGAAGGAGGCACCCUCGGACGAGGCACCCUCGAAGGAGGCACCCUCGAAGGAGGCACCCUCGAAGGAGGCACCCUCGAAGGAGGCACCCUCGAAGGAGGCACCCUCGAAGGAGGCACCCUCGAAGGAGGCACCCUCGACGACCGACUCGUCGUCGCUGUUUCAGUACGGCAUGGACCUGCUGCACGCGGAGGCGUCGAAGGAGGACGAGGAGCCGGCGGCGGACGCGGGCGGGUUCCCGGGUUUUCAGACGCGUCCGGAUCGUUCCACGGUUUCCACGGCGCGGCUGGCGAGCUCGGGAGGGAACAACCCCUUCGCGACCGCCCCCGUUCUCCCCGCCGCUCGCGCGAUGAGCGCCCGCGGCUCGCACACGCGCGGGUCCAUGACCGAACGCGCGCACAACUCGUCCGUGGGGGCGUCGUCCUCGUCGGCGGCGGCGGCCGGCGGGCCCAACGUGUUGGAGAGCGUCCUCGCCAAGAUCACGCAGGAAUACGAACGGCGGUUGCUGACGAAGGAAUCCGAGCUGGUUCGCGCCAGGGAGACGCUGUCGGAGGCGUACAAGCGCGAGGGCCGCUUGACGCAACAGGCGGAGGAGCUCAGGGCGAGGGUCAAGGCGACCGAGGAGGAUCUCGCGGAUGCGCGAGGAGCGGGCGCGGCGCAGUUGGCGGCGUUUGGCACCACGUCAGAGGCGAAAGCGCGGGAACUCGAACGCGCACUCGCCGCCGAGAGUGCGAAAGUGCGAAAUCUCGAACGCAAACUCGCGGAAGCGGCGGAAGAGAGCGAAUCGUCGCGCGCCGGCGACGCGUUCGUCUCAGCCGAAGCGUUUGUCGAAGCGGAAAACGCCGCGAGGGAAGCCGCGCUCGAGCUCCGCGCCGCCAGGGAAAAAACGCGCGCCGCGCAGUCGGAGCUCGCGAAGAAGACGGCGGAGUGCGACGCGACGCGAGCCGAGCUCGCGGCCGUCGUCGCCCGGCACGAGCGCGCGAUGGAGGAUGCCAAGGAAAACGCGGAAUCCACCGCCGUCGCCGCGUACGAGCGAGAGAUUUCCAACCUCAAAACGGCGCUCGAGGGCGAACGCGCUCGAGCGAAAGAGUCGAACGCGGAGCUUCAGCGGGACGCGUCGAACCUGAGGUCCGAACUGGGCGCCGCGAACGCCGCGUUCGAGCUCGAACGGAAGGAGUUUGCGCGGAGGGAGUUCACGCUGGUGGAGUCGGUGCAGGAGCUCUCGUCGCGAGCCGCGCUGUACGACAAGGCUUUCGCCGAGAACAGACACCUUCACAACGCCAUCCAGGACCUCAAGGGUUCCAUACGCGUCUUCUGCAGGGUCAGGCCGCACCUUCCGGGCGCGGACGGCGGCGAGAGGGACGUCGUGGAGGUUUCCGGCGACGCAACGUCGGGCGACGUCGAAAACGCCGCGUCGCAGGGCAUCGCGGUUCGGACGUUGGACAAGCGCGGCGUCCCCGAGCGCAAGGCGUUCAGCUUUGACCGCGUCUUCGGCCCGGACGCGACGCAGGGUGGAAUUUACGAGGAGUGCAGCGCGCUGAUCCGAUGCGCGUGCGACGGGUACAACGUUUGCUUCAUGGCGUACGGUCAGACGGGCUCGGGGAAGACGUACACGAUGUCUGGACCAUCCGGAGCCGAGUCUGGAAACGCCUCGCGCGGAAUCAACUAUCGCGCCCUGGACGAUCUCUUCGACCUCAUAAAGGAGCGCCGCGCCACGCACGCGUACGAGGUGUCCGUGUCCGUUCUGGAGAUUUACAACGAGCAGUGCAGGGAUUUGCUCGCCGCGAUCGGCGGUCACAAGGUUGAGAUUCUGCCCACGAAGAAGGCCGGCUUUAACGUUCCGGGCGCGGUGACCCGCGCCGUGCGCUCGAGACGGGACGUCGCCGAGGUGAUGCUCGAGGGCGAGGUGAACCGCGCGACGGGUGCCACCGCGAUGAACGAGCGAUCGUCCCGCAGUCACAGCGCCGUCAUCGUCCACGUGGAGGGGGUCACGAAAGACUCGGGCGCUCGAACGCGCGGGGUGCUGUACCUCGUGGACCUGGCUGGCAGCGAACGCGUGUCGCGUUCGGAAGCCACCGGGGACAGGCUCAAGGAGGCGCAACACAUCAACAAGAGCCUCAGCGCCCUGGGCGACGUGGUGUCGGCGCUGCAGCAGAGGUCGCCGCACGUGCCCUACCGCAACAGCAAGCUCACCUCGCUGCUGCAGGGCGCGCUCGGGCGAAGCGGCAAGGCUCUCAUCUUCAUGCACGUGUCCCCCGCCGAGGGAAGCGCGAGCGAGACGGUGUCGACGCUCAACUUCGCCGCGCGCGUCGCGAGCGUCGAGCUCGGCAGGGCGGCGAAGAACGCGGAGACGUCCGAGAUGGCGAACGCUCGCGUCGCCGUCGCCAAGCUCGAGGAUGCCGUCUCGACAGCCGAGGAGGAAUGCGCGCGACUUAAAAGGGAGCUCGACGAGGAGAGGGCGGCGUCCAGGAGCGCGGCGCAGGCUGUCGCGGAGGCGGAACGCCGAGCCGCGGACGCUACGAGACGCGCCAAGGACGCCGAGCGGCGGCGCGAGGCGGCGGGCGGCUCGGCGCGGGGCGCGGAUAGCGAGCGGGAGGAGCUCCGACUCCGCUCGCGAACCCCGCCGCGGGUCGGCCGCGCCGGGGGCUCCUCCUCUGGCGGCGUAACGCACGGCGUAACGCACGGCGGUGCGAGGCGAACCGGCGGCGGGUGGCACACGCCGGGUUCGAACGAUCGGUCGGGUGGGUCGGGAGGGUCGGGGUCAGGGUCGAGCCGGGGCGGCGGCAGCGGGCGACCGUCCACGGCGCCCGCGAACGGGUCGGGGAUCCUCAAGCGUCGGUCCAGCUACGGCUCCCCCCGGCGCGACGGCGGCCACCACCACCACCACCACCACCACUCGCCGACGCCGAGCCACGGGAGCAUCGGUAGCGUCACCGGUCGGUCGACCGUCUCGGGAAUCUCCGCGCAUCCGCUGUCCCCCGCGACGAUGGACAGCUUCUCGGCGGCGGAUGCGUCGGAGGUUUCGUUCCUCUCGGAGGAUAUCGACGACGGCGCUUUCACCCAGGGCGACGCCGUGGACGACGACGACGCCAUCUCCGUCCGAUCCGAGUCGACGACGGCGUCGGAAGGAGCUAGGAGCAGAUGUUCGCCGUUCGAGAGGACCGCGAGGGCCGCCGCGGACCUUCGCAGGGCCGUCGCCGCCAGGCGGGUUCCAGACGCCGGCGGUUUCUCGAGCGGCAACCCGUUCGACGCCGCCGGCGGCGAGAACCCUUUCGCACCCGCCGCGACGACGACGAGCGGCGGCCGACUCGGCGCGGCCGACGACGGCAUCGCGAUGAGGGAGGCUGCCGCCGCUAAGCUCGCCGCGGCUCGGGCGGAGAGAGCCGCGGCGAACGCGCGCGCCGCCAGCUUCGAAGUUCCCUCGUCGCCGCCGGAGACUCCGCCGCCGAUGCACUCGCCCGGGACGCUCCCGCCCGAGGUGAACGUCCCCGUGUCGCCGCCGGUGUCGUCGCCGGCGUCCUGUGAUGGACCGGACGCGGUGUCGCCGCUGACGGCGCUCGCGCUCGGGCAGUUCACGCCGUCGCCGAGUGUCGCUCGGAGCGCCUCGGGGUUGGUGCCCAUUCGGCACCGGCUGUCCGUGUCGGCGGGAUCGCCUCUCGGCGCGGUUGAGCGAACCGAGGCCCAUACGGUCGAGACGCCUCCGGAGAAGAAGAAGAGCAAGUCGUACGGCUAUAAGCUGUGGUCCAACGCGGCGAGGGCGGUCGGUCUCAAGGCUGCGAAGAAGAAGACCGCGCAGCAGCGGUGGCAGUGA